CACACACACAAAAAAACCAAUUUUUUUUUAUUAUUCUUUAUUUACUUUUUACUCCUUUUCUUUCUUUUUUUUUUUUAUACUUACUUUCUUAAAACUCCCUACUCUUAAUAUCGAUAUGAAUCGCGCUUUACAACCUCUUCGUAUGAAUACGAAGCGUACGGGUGUUCGUUAUCAAUCCCAAUUACUUGAACAAUGGAAAGCUGAAAAGGCUCAUGCUGCCGAGGCUGCCGAUACUUGGAAGAAAAUCACUCUUUAUGUUGCUAUUCCAGCACUUCUUGCUUCUGGUAUCAAUGCUUAUAACUUGUAUUCUCAUCAUGUACAACAUCAAAAGGAACAUCCUCAUAAAUUUGUGAAAUAUGAAUACAUUAACUUCCGUGUUAGACCGUUCUUCUGGGGCAACAAUUCUCUUUUAUUUAACCCAAAGGUUAAUUUGGAUGCCAAUGAAGAAUAAUUAGGAUUGAAUCAAGAAAAAGCAAUAUGAUUUGUUUGUUAUUAGUUUAGUAUGAUGAUUUCCUUCGUUAUUAGAACGUUUGGAUAGAAAAUUUAUGUUGAAUAAAAUGAUUUGUUGAAUAAAUAAAUAAGAAAAUAUCUAUAGUAUAAAAAAAAA